AUGAGUUUCAUCGGCCGUCUUCGUUUGGCUAGUGCCACUGCUCGUUUGACUCGUCUUCAAGCUCGUCGCCAAGCACACGACCAUCACGAGAUUGUUAACCCCGGACCUCCAAUCACUUUGGACUACAUGCCAGUUCCUCAGAAGCCAUACGGUGUUGUCUAUGGUGAAUUGCAAAGCAAGUUCAACAUGUACUUGAUCAUCACUGGCGUCUUUGCUGCUUCAGCUUUAGCCUUGGUAAGUUCUUUUAUUUUUCGUCGUUUGUGUUUAGAUUGUGACUUGAUUUAAAAGGUGCCGUUUUGUUACCUCUUUAAGAUGAUCCAACUUCACUUUAAGUAUGGGAUUUAAUAGGAGGCUACAAAAUUAUAAAUUUUCGGCUUACUUUUAACCAAAGCUGUAAAGUUGACGAUUUGUGUUUUCAGGCGUUGUACGAUGAUGUCUUCGCUUACAAGGCUAUCUGCAAGCCCGAGAGUUACCGCUACAAACAACCAGGAGUUCUCGCCAAGUAA